GCUCUAAAAAUAAUUCAAACCAAGACCUCAUGCUUUGGCAAACAGAAUGGAAAGAAAUGAAUGCCUCUCUUUCCUCUGCUCUAGCAACAUCCUCCUCCUCUGCUUCAAUAGCCACCGCUACCGGUGGCUUUCAUCGCCAAAGCCGCCCCAGUAAAGGCAUAUUCACCUGCGGGCGUUUUAUAUCAUCUCCUUACAACCCAUUUUCAUUGAGAGUUACAAAUGGCUCUGAGAAUCCUGUCACUGCAAGGUCAGUGGCUGAUAAGCUAGUUGAUGGUAUGGACUUUGGUGAACUUUGCAAUGAAUUUGAGUGCAUUAGUAGCCCUUUAGUUGAAUCUACAGCCAGACAGCUUGCUCGCGACAUACUUGAACUACGCCAAGGCAAUCGAGCUCUGGGGACCUAUGCAGUUUCUGUCACUUACAAGGAUCCUGUGAGAAGUUUUACUGGUCGAGAGAAAUACAAGAGACCUCUAUGGGUAACUGGUGCGCUAGACAGCCCUUCUGUGACCGUGCAAGAAAUGAUGAUGCUGUCAACAAGUGUCCUGAGUAUCAAAUGGACAAUAAAAGGGAAGCCUAAAUCUCUCGUAGCUGAUAUAGGUGGAGAUUUGAUAAUAAAAGUAAACUCCCAGUUCACUCUGAACCAGAUUAGUGGCCAAGUGAUUGAGCAUGAAGAGUUCUGGGAUUUAUCAGCUUCAUCACCAGUAGCUCAGGCAUUUUUCUGGACAUCGCGCCGUCUUUAUGCUACAAUUGAGACUGGAAAAGACUUGGCUGAUCUACUCAAAAACUUAUCGAGCCGUCUUUCGACACAGAAGGAGAACUUGGAGAUCUACCCUGACCCUACUGGUGAUCCAACAAAGUUCUUUCAAAGGGACGAUGGCUUCCAAAGGGAUGUAUACCAGAUUGCACUAUUUAUUGCAGUGAUCUAUUUUGUUGUACAAUUCUUGAAGACAACCUUGUAAAGCCUCUGUCUUGCACAUAUUGUCUUGCCAUCAUUAAUCUAUCUAUCAACAAUUGUAGUUUAAUAUUGCUACAAUCUAUAUUGUAUAGUGUAUCGUACCACCAAUACAAAUACUGCACUCAAACCACAGUAAGGUUUUUUCUUUGGAAAA